GUCAACAACAACUGCGUGAGAAAAAAAGGACACCGUGAGCCCCAGCAAACAAUGUGCCAGGCUCAGCCGUACGGCAUGCCGAGACCUAGUGACUUCUAAUCGAGCUCGGUGUGUGAUCUGUUUGUGUGCGCACUGCGACCUGCACAUUUGUGUGUGCGUCUACUCCUCUAACCCACGCGGGCGCAAGAUUUCACCAUACGGUGAUGGCCAAGAAUUGGGUCGUGGCGAUGGUUCAAGUGGCGCUGAUCUGCAUGGCAGAGCGGGCCCGUGCCACCUCCACCUGCCCUCAGUUUCAGCGCGCGACGCUGAGCGAGAUGGUCAGGGGCCACGCCAAGCCCCACGUGCGUCACGUCAUCUUCACGGCCCGCGACCACCGGGACCCUGGUGACCCCUCGGAGCUCAGCCGUGACCCCGACCCCGAGCCCGACGAGUUCGCCUCCUGGAAGGUGGAGCCCACCACUGUGCCCAGCGUGCGCUGCCGAUAUUACCUGCUCCCUAGCUACGACAGCGAUGCUGACCAAGAUGCUGGCGCCGCUGCUGCUGCUGCUGUUGAUGGUGACGACGGUGAGGCUGGUGGAGGUGGUGGUGGUGGUGCCGGUGAUGGUGGAAGCCCUGAUCCUACAGACCCAGGAGACGAGGAGGCGAGGCGCAAGCGGAUCCUGCUGCUGAAGGAGCGCCUCGCCAGUGCGGGCUUCAACGCCUCUCUGCCCACGACGAUCCUCAUUCACGGGUACCGCGUGUCUGGCACGGAGCCGGACUGGAUCGAGGGGAUUGCGGCGGCGGUGCUGGACUCGUCCCAGGUCCGCAUGAACGUGAUCGCGGUCGACUGGAUCAAGGGCGCGAGCAGCUCGUACUCGCGUGCCGUGCGAUACGCGCGCACCGCCGCCGCCACCGCCACCACCGCCCUCGUCAGGGACCUCACGACCCCAGAGGUGGGGGCACGGGAGCAGUCGCUGCACCUGGUGGGGGCAAGCCUGGGCGCGCACGUGGCCGGCUUCGUGGGCCAAAGCUUCCAGGGUCGUCUCGGCCGCAUCACCGCCCUCGACCCCGCAAGCCCCGGCUUCACCCAGGUCGGCCCCGCAGAGCGACUCGAUCCGAGUGACGCCGCCUUCGUGGACGCCAUUCACACGGACGGCGACAAUUUUGGUCUCCGGCAGCCUGUGGGCCACGUGGACUUCUAUGUGAAUGGUGGCGAUGAUCAGCCUGGAUGUGGAGGGUUUGGCUACCAGUCGAUGAUCUGCGACCACAUGCGCGCCGUGCGGCUGUGGCUGAGCUCCCUGCGCUCCCCGUGCGAGCUGCGCGCCUUCCCGUGCGACUCCGCCGCCGCCCUGGCCGCCGGACGCUGCCUCGAGUGCCGCACGGAGCGCACGGCGUCGUGCCCCCGCCUGGGCCUGCACUCAGUGGACGCGGUUCGAGACCCGAAAACGUGGCCGGACAACAGCACGCUGAUUCUGCACAUGCUCACAGGACACUCGCCCCCAUACUGCGUGUCCUACGUGCUGGUGGAGAUCGACAUAGCUGGCGAGGCCAUCAAGGGCUCCCUGACCAUCAAGUUCAUGGGGCAGAGAGGAGAGACUAACGAGAUGGUCCUCUUCCAGGGCCUGCACAGCUUUGUUCCGGAGGGCGGCGGCUCAUCCCGGGUCCUCGCCCUGGAGCGAGACCUGGGCCCCCUGCGCUUCGUGGCUCUGCGCUUCUCACCGAGCUCGCUGGCGUGGAACUUCCUUCGCUUCGCAGCCCCCCGUGCGUCGCACGCCGCCUCCGCGCUGAGGAUCGCGCGCCUCCGCAUCACCCACCUCCUCGUCGAGCACGGGGAGCAGUACUGCCUGCACAUGGUGCUGCUAAGUGAGGGACAGGUGGUGGGGAUGCCACUCUCCCGCUGCCAGAAUUGACUCGACGUCCACUCAAUCACUCAUCACCCACCACUCAAUCAGUCAUCACCCACCACUCAAUCACUCAACCUCCACUCAGCUACUCCAUACCCUCCACUCAAUCACUCUUUAAGUUCCACGUGAUCACUCCACUCGAUAACUCCUAAACUCCACUCCAUCACUCAUCAACCUACACCCAAUCACUCCAUAACCUCCACUCAAUCGCUCAACCUCCACUCAGCCACUCCAUAACCUCCGCAUGAUCACUCCUCAGUGCCCAUUCGAUAACUCCUCAACCCCCACUGGAUCACACCUUGAUGCACUGCACGUGCACACAGGGCUUCAUAUCUCACUCAAUGUGUUUCUGGUCGCUGGUAGGCCGGGAGGUAGCACACACACUCGUAGUCACAGCCAUAGCCAGAAGGUCACUGGAUGAGAUGAUGUUCUGUGUCUGGAAAAUGUUUACAGGUUGCAGAUAUGGACUGACCCGGCUUAAAUCAUCUCUACGGCUAUAGACAUACACACAGACAGAUGUAGAAGAUGAAAAGUUUCCAGUUUGGUGAGCCUAAAUGUAAAACAAUCAAAAGGUUAGAAAAAUAACAGAGGAAACGACGAGCCUGACAUUUUUACCAAAUUGGCAUUUUCAGGAUGUGUUGAGGUUCACCAAGAUGUGAAUAUUUUGGAGAGGGUAGGCAGGAGUUGGGUAGUAAGUCAUGUUGAAUUGAGUGGAGUUGGUGGACUCAAUGAGAAUGAAUGAGCCAUCAACGUUUGAAGACUUCUAAACGCAUUUCAGAAGUUAAUGCGGGAAUUGUCAAACUGAAGUGUAAUGGGUUUGAUGAGCGUGCGGAAAAUCCAUUCAGGGGCUCUCAAUAGUUGUCCCUGUGUGGUGGAUUAAUGACGCCUGUUGUCAGUUUAGCACGUAGGCUUUCGCGACCAAUAUUGUUGUGGAAGGGGGCUGGGUGGCACGACGUGUCGGACCGUCGGAGCGCAAAGCCGGAAACCACUGAGAUUCUAAGUUCGAAUCCAUGUUUCAAACCGCCUUUGAUUAAAGCUGGUUCUGAAAUGAAUGUACAAAUAAAUGCCCCUUAAUUCGGCUAAAUCGCAGCUCUGAGAAUUAAAAAUACAUAAAUGUGGUUGUCAUGCGUCCAACAUUCACAUACCUGUCAACUCCUUAUCAGUGCCCUGCCUUAUUACAAACAAAUUCAGACAUUUUUGGUCACUUCGUAUCCUUAUUAAUCUCAACGUUCAUCCUACAAAGUCCCAUCACAAGGGAGAAACACAAACGAAUUGACAAAAAAUGUUUUGUCGGUGUGAGACUACUGUACGCCGUUUGGACCAGAAAACUAAAUUUCCAUGUUCAAGAAUACGGGUAAACCGUAUGGGUUGACAGCUGUGCAUUGAUUACUUUCAUACGGUGGAGUGGAUGGGAGCGUGUUGCUCUGUAAUGUGUCGAACAGAAGUUGAGCCUCCCCGCAUGUUUGGUCGCUGUUAGUUGUGGGUAAAGAUGGAGAGGAUGCACGACUCAGCCCAAUUGACGUUUUAAAAUGAUUAAAAAAAAACACUCACGCAAAUACAUGGGUGUGUCGAUGAAGCUCACAUUUGUACGUUAUAUACACGACUAACAUACGUUGACAAAUUAAACUUAUAUUGUUUAUGUCUUUAGA